AGAAAGGGAGAAAGGAAGGAAGGAAAGGAAGAAAAAGAGAUACGAGUGGAAGGAUAAGGAAAGAAGAGAGAGACAGUUAGAGGCAAGGAAUAAGAGAAGUGGUUUCGAAGGUGCUCCGUAGGGAGACGAGUUUUUAGAGUGCACUCGCUUUUCUUCGUUCAGGGGCAGAGGGUGAAGAAGACAGCGAUGGCCGGAUGGUGGAACCUCGGUGGUGUUUUUCUUCUGCUUUUUGCUAUACUCCUUGCUCCCUAUUUAUACAAGAUCAACUGGAUCAAGGAUUUAAGGAUUGAAGGUAACGGGAAAAAGGUUCUCGCUAAUCACUUAGAAUCCAAAAAACGUAAAUUGGGAAAACUUCCUCCCGUUUAUCCAAAUGGAUGGUUCGCCCUCUUUGAGAGUUCUCAGCUUCGAAAGGGUCAAGUGAAACAUGUGGCAGCUCUAGGAGAAAAUUUUGCUGUUUUUAGAACAGAUAAAGGUACGGUAAGAAUUUUAGACGCUUACUGUCCUCAUCUGGGUGCAAAUAUGGCAGAGGGUGGUCAUGUGAAGGGCGAUUGCUUGGAAUGUCCAUUUCACGGCUGGCAAUUUCGUGGAUCCGAUGGACAGUGUGAUCACAUUCCAUACACUGACAAAAUACCGCACAUCGCCAGAACGAAAACUUGGAAGAGUUGCGAAGCCAAUGAGAUCAUCUUUGUUUGGUACCAUGCGGAAGGAUUGGAACCCAGCUGGCAACCGCAAACUCUCGAUCAAGUUUUGAACCGAACAUGGCGUUAUCAGGGUCGAAAUGAGUUUCUCAUCAACUGCCAUAUACAGGAAAUUGCAGAAAAUGGAGCUGAUACGGCACAUCUCAGUGUUGUACAUGGUCCAUCAGUGUUUUCCAAGAUAGCUCAUAUUUUUUCUUCAUUCGCUCGCCAUUCGUGGUCAAACAUUAAUUGGACACCCCACAGUUCUUAUUCAGAAUCAAAAAAGUCAGAUGCAACUGAUUCAGUGAAAGAAAAUAGUACCGAAGAUUUGAGUCAUAGGGCUUAUAUGACCUUGAGACAUCGUUUGGUUUUAUUCGAGAGAUUCGAAUGUCUGCAAGUGGACGUAAGCGUUCAACAAAUCGGCCCUGGAUACGUAGAAUUAAUGAUGGAAUCUUAUCUAGGAACCGUGUGCAUUUUUCAGACAGUCACGCCGAUGGAACCUCUUCUACAAAAGGUAACUCAUCUACUGUAUUCUCCACCGCUGCUUAGUCCGUACGCCAGUAUGUUAUUUUUGGCGGAGUGUUUGAUGUUCGAGAGAGAUGCGGCUAUAUGGAACCGAAAAAAGUUUGCGAAACAGCCGAUGCUCGUUAAAGAAGAAAAAAGUAUUCAUACGUACCGCAGGUGGUAUUCCCAGUUUUAUUCGCAGCAUAGCCCCAGUUAUCAAUCGGUUAUAAAAUCUAUACAAUGGUAGCCAUUUAAUAACGUUCAAUAAGAUUUUAUGAUAUUAAUAAUAAUUGUAACAGCAAUAGGAUUAAAGUUUACAAUGAAUACAUUGUUCUUAAUGUAACACACAUAUAAGUACACAUUUCAUUUGUAUAAUUUUAAUAAUAGCUGUAGAAAUAACGUAAGAAUGUAUCUAUACAAUUUACAACUUGAAUACUACCCGAUUGAUUAUGUUAUUACUUAUAAGUAUUAUUAAACGUUCUAUCAUUAAAAAAGAUUAAACGUUUAUAUAUCUAAU